AUGGUCUUGUUCCACCAGUACUUUGCACGAUGGGGCGUCCCAGAGGGCAUAUCAACUGACGGCGGCACCAACCUAACUAGUUAUGAAGUGUGCAAGUUCUUGAACAAGUGGGGCGUUGUAAUGAGAAUAUCCUCUGCUCAGUAUGCACAAUCAAAUGGCCGGGCCGAGGCAGCGGUCAAGUCGGCCAAGAGACUGCUACAUGGGAAGAUGGGGACCAGAAGCAGUCUGGAUUCAGACAAGGUCUCGAAAGCUCUGCUGCAGUACCUGAAUACGCCCCUUCGGGAAGUGAAUAAAUCACCUGCCCAACUAACUAUGGGACGUCAGCUGCGAGACGGAAUACCGGUGCACAGGCGGUACUAUAAGAUAGACAUGCAUUGGCAACGGGCUCUACGUACAAGAGAACUAGCAACGGCCCGACAACACAGGAACAUAGUGGAGCAGCAUGGGACGCCAAGGACCCUCGUUCCCCUGACACCUGGUGCACCAGUGUGUGUGCAAAACCAAGCCACAAACGUUUGGUACAGACGAGGCAUGGUUGCAGAGGCACUUCCGAACCGUCAGUACUCCAUCAGGCUGGAUGGUAGUGGUCGUAUCUCGAUUCGUAAUUGGAGGCACCUACAGUCUGUCCGGGUUACCAUGAGAACCCCACAUUCAACACCAGAACCAGUGAGACGGCCAAAAAGACAAGUCACACGACCUGGGUGGCUCUCUGAUUUCGUCACAGACACGCCCACAUAA